UGAACGGGGUUAAGGGAUGGAACAGGUUCCUGGGCAGGGGCCAGGGCCCAGAGCCCCGACGGUGGGGGGUGGAUCUUGGAACUGGCGCCGCGACCGCCCAUUUCCGGCCCUGACGUCAGCCAGUCUGAGUCACUGCGUGGCCGAUUGUUGUCACGGAGCCGUCUGGGAGCGAGAGAAGGGCUUUUCUUAGAGAGAAUCGCUUCACCGAAACCGCUCCGCACAACAUGUAAGCGGGCAGAGAGAGAGAGAGAGAAAAAAAAAUCCACCCGCUCCACAUCCCGCCAGCUCAGACGGGCGACUCCCCGGGGGUUGUUGGAGGGGAAACGGGUUUUCACAGCUGUGUUAAAAUCACCGGAGCAAGCGAGAGGGGCAGGAGAAACUUUGUAAGCGGAGAGACUGGUCGAGCAGGCCGCGGGCAACACAACAGGUUUCAGGAAGGCUUCUUUCACCGCCCCCUUCCCUUGUCUCUGGAACAUUUCACCCUUUAAUUUCUCCUCCGUCUCUCUUUUUAUUUUCCGGAGGGGGGGGGGAGAGAGGAAAAAAAUCCUGAUUAUAAAUGCGGUUCGGACCCAAAAUGAUGCCGAUGUUUCUCACUGUGUACCUGAGCAACAAUGAUCAGCAUUACACAGAGGUACCAAUCACCCCAGACACCACAUGUCGAGAUGUUAUUGGUUACUGCAAAGAACCAGGAGAGGUGGACUGUUAUUUGGCUGAGCGCUGGCAUGGUGGUGAACGUGCCAUCGCAGACAACGAGCGUAUAUAUGAUAUUUUGCAGCAAUGGGGAGUACAGAGAAAUGAUGUUUGUUUCUACUUGCGCCAUGAGCGUCCACCAAACGCUACUCGGGAUGCAGGCUGUUUGAGACUACAGGAUCCAAUGUUGAAGAGAAACCGAGGGCAGGGUACUACAGAUAGACAGAUGGAAAAUGGAGUUAGCGGGCCACGUAUGGACAUGACGCUUGCUGAACUACAGGAAAUGGCAACUCGGCAACAACAACAGAUUGAUUCCCAGCAGCAACUGCUCGCAACAAAGGAGCAGCACCUGAGAUACUUGAAACAGCAGGACCAUCAGGAGCAACAGGCAGCAGAACAAGAGAAGCUGCAAAAGCUUCGUGAGAUUGCUGAGUGUCAAGAAGCCAAAUUAAAGAAUGUCCGGUCACUUAAAGGACAGGUGGAACAAAACCGCCUUAGCAAUGGGAAGUUGGUUGAAGAGAUUGAACAGAUGAACAGUCUUUUCCAACAGAAGCAGAGAGAGUUAGUGAUUGCUGUUGCAAAGGUGGAGGAGUUAAGCAGACAACUAGACAUGUUGAAAAGUGGAAAAAUUGAUGGCUACCAUGACAACCAAUCUGCAGUAGCUGAGCUUGAUAGACUCUAUAAAGAGUUGCAGGUAAGGAAUAAGCUGAACCAGGAGCAGAAUGCAAAGCUUCAGCAUCAAAGGGAGUCCCUAAACAAGCGCAACUCUGAAGUUGCAUCAAUGGACAGACGUAUCGGGGAUCUGCGUGAACGCUUGUGGAAAAAGAAGGCAGCCUUACAACAAAAAGAGAAUGUGCCAGUUUCAUCUGACAAGAAUAUCCCUCAACAAGUGGUGUCUUCUGCACCCAGCCGUGUGGCUGCAGUUGGACCAUAUAUCCAGUCGUCCACCUUGCCUCGUGCCCCACAGAAGCUUGAACUCUUGGUAAAGCCAGCCUUUCCUAAUGGAUCGUCUACUCUACCCAAUGUGCAAGUGCACACAGUGAAUUCUCAGACUCCUAUGAAAUCUGGCGUUUCCCCAGUCAAAACUUCUGGUGCUGGCAUUGGGACGCAGGCGCAAUUGCAGCCGCCACCUCAGGCUGUUCCCGAAAAGAAUGAAUCGAGUUUUGGUGUUCCUGUUCGUCAGCCUGCAGCAACAGCUUCCUUGAGCAUUGGUACCUCAAUCCUAGCCAGAGGAGCAACAGUAACCAAUACAGGUCAAGUUGGUGAUGGUGAUGUUGUGAUGAGAGACAAGAAUGAUAAGAGAGUACGUUGCUUCUCCAUGUUUGAGUCCAUGGACCCACCUGCAGGAAUUCCAUCGACUGGGACACUAAGGAAAAACCAGAGCAGUGAGGACCUUCUGCGGGAAAUUCAGACUGGUAACAAGAAUGUGGUUAAAGUACCGCCCCCUGUCCCUUCCAAACCCAAACAGAUUUCCUUACCUUAUUUUGGACCAUCUAGUCUAGCUUCUCCAGGAGAAAACAAGCCAGAAUACAGCCCACAAAAGUUAACUGGGACUGUAGGAACAAUAGUCAAUAAACUGAAGCCAACCCAAACUGCAGGACCACAGCAUUGUGCUUCAAAUGUGCAACUUCAUCCUUCUCCAGAGGCGCCUCCUGCAGCUACUGUUCGACCUUUCACUCCACAACCAUCUAAAGAACCUCCAUCCCAAUCCCUGAAAAAACCAGAGACAGUGGCUGCUAGCUCUAUUUACACAAUGUACACACAACAACAGGCACCUGGCAAAAACUUCCAACAGGCGGUUCAGAGUGCCCUGACCAGAGUACAGACCCGGCCACAAUUCACAAGCGUGUAUGGCAAACCAAUAAUUCCUGGAUCCUCGCAGAAUUACACAAACAAUCAGCAUCCAACUGACCAGGAAAUUAGUAGUAUGUAUUCAAAGAGCCAAGAUAAACCAGACUGUCCUGAUUCUGAGAUUGAUAAUGCAGCAUCUCCAGCAGACCACUCGGAGACUGAACGCAUUCCACGACCACUGAGCCCCACCAAGCUCCUGCCUUUUAUGUACAAUCCGUACCGAAAUCAGAGCGAUGCUGACUUGGAAGCAUUAAGAAAAAAACUGUCCAAUGCUCCAAGGCCACUGAAGAAGCGUAGCUCUAUUACGGAGCCAGAGGGACCAAAUGGACCCAAUAUUCAGAAGCUGCUAUACCAGCGCACAACACUGGCUGCCAUGGAGACAGCUAGUCCAAUGCCAUUCUAUCAACCAAAGCAACCUGCUCUUUCAUCUGCAGAAGAGAACACUAUAGAUGAAAGCACAGAUCUCAGUGUUAAACUGGAGGAAGAUAUGACAGCUACAACAGAUGUCACUCCAGAUCAGCUGGAACCAGUUCUCAAGAAGGAAACUGAGGCACCAGGUGCUGAAGAACUUGUUUCAUCUUCUCCAUGUGGCCCUGCUCCUGUUCUGGAGGGACAGAAUCCAACUUCUCCUAUUUUACCUUCUGUGGAAGAGCAACAGAAUCAGGAAAGCCCACUCUCUCCGGAAGAAUUAGCAGAAGAAUAUCCCCCUUACCCGCCUCCUCCAUACCCUGUUACUGGUGAACAUGAGAAUAUAGGAGAUGAUAGCUUUAACAUGCGUCCACCUGAAAUUACUGGACAUACCGUCCUACCGCCUGGAAAGAGAACAAACCUGAAAAAGCUCGGCUCAGAACGCAUAGGUCAUGGAAUGAGAGUGAAGUUUAAUCCUGUAGCACUAUUACUUGAUUCUUCUUUGGAAGGUGAAUUUGAUUUAGUCCAGCGCAUCAUUUAUGAGGUGGAGGAUCCUAGUCAACCAAAUGAUGAAGGAAUUACAGCCCUGCAUAAUGCUGUCUGUGCAGGUCAUACAGAAAUUGUGAAGUUCUUAGUACAGUUUGGAGUGAAUGUUAAUGCAGCAGAUAGUGAUGGAUGGACUCCUUUGCAUUGUGCAGCAUCCUGUAAUAAUGUGCAAGUUUGCAAGUUCCUAGUUGAAUCUGGGGCAGCAGUGUUUGCGACAACCUACAGUGACCUGCAGACUGCUGCUGAUAAAUGCGAGGAGAUGGAGGAGGGCUAUAUCCAGUGUUCACAAUUUCUGUAUGGUGUGCAGGAGAAAAUGGGUAUAAUGAACAGAGGGGUGGUAUAUGCCCUGUGGGAUUACGAAUCUCAAGCUGAGGAUGAGUUAUCGUUUAAGGAAGGUGAUUGUAUGUCAAUCAUCCGACGAGAAGAUGAGGCUGAGAUUGAGUGGUGGUGGGCACGGCUAAACGAUGGGGAAGGAUAUGUACCACGCAACUUACUUGGGCUUUAUCCAAGGAUUAAACCAAGACAGCGAAGUCUGGCAUAAAGUACUUAUGUGAAAACACUACAGAUAAAGACUAUAAACCUUUAUACAUUUUUGAAGGUAGCUGUACCAAUUCAAAUCCAACAGAAUGUCUGCAAUAAAAUAGUGGUCUCCAAGCUUAAAUGAAGGAAAAUUCAAUGGACACAAUGAAUGCUUCUGUAAUGAAGUGAGUGAUUUUUGUUGUUCAGUGUUAAUGAUCACCUAACACAAAUGGUGAACUGAAGGUUUUUUGACAAUGGACUGUUUAUUUCAGUGCAUUUUAAAGGACUUAUUGAUGUAGAUUUAGAACCUAUUAAGGGCCUUAACAUAGAUAAAAGCACAGAUGGUUUGGCACAAAAUCCGCUGGCUUCUUUUGUUUCCCCUCUUCCGCUUUUUGUUUAAGCACAGUAUUUGUAUUACAAUUGUUAUCUUUGGAAGGGUGCUAAACUAUACCCAGGAACUAAAAACAAAAAACUGCGGAUGCUGGAAAUCCAAAACAAAAACAGAAUUACCUGGAAAAACUCAGCUGAGUUUUUCCAGGUAAUUCUGUUUUUGUUAUGCCCAGGAACUGUUAGGCCAUUUGAUGGUAUGAAUAAAGCUCAGUUUUACGAUGAACCUUUUGAAGAGACUGAAAUGAGAUGCUCAGUCAGCAAAGAAUUGGACCCUUGCAUUAAAAGUUCCAUGUAGGACAAUAGAAAGUUGAAGCAUUAAUGCCCUUGGCUUAGUUUGUAACUAUUUCUAGUAACUAAACGACAAUGAUUUUCAUCUGGGCAUCUUUCUCUUUCUCUUGUAACUAUUGUAUUGCACAUUCCAAAACAUGGAUCCAAAGUUUUGGAAGUUAGGUAUAGUUGAACUAUGUCAAUGCUUAUUUUUUUUAACACUUUCACUAACUUAAUCUGACACAAGUUAAACAUAGCAGUAUUUUUGAGGAUGACACUACAAUUUAUCUUCUUUAAACCUGUUUGUGUCACAGACUAUAUUAAAUCUGCUUCCUGUAAUGAAGAAUUUAAUUUCUAAUUUGAUUUCUACAUAUUAAUUUGUAUUUGACUAUGAUGAGCGCAGCCAGUAGUAUUUUGAACUUUUCAGGAAACCCAAUGAGUUGUUGAAAGGGUUAAAAUGAAAUGUAGCCUUUUGAAAUAUGCUUUGUAAUAAUUUGCAGUCCAAAGUAUUUAUGUUGUAAUCCGACAUUUAGUUUUAAAUUCAUUUUACUUCAGUUUUCCUUUUUGUCACUGAAAAAUAUUUAGCUGCCAAUUUAGCACAGUAAAACUAAAGCAUCCUGUAUAUUAAUACAUUUAAGAAUUAUUCCUAAGCAUUUGGCAGUUUUUAUUUAAUAUUGAGCGUUUAUUUCUCCUCAUAGCCUAUGAAAAGUUUGUGAAGAAAAUAUUCAUGCCAUUAUGGUUCAAAUGGCUUUUGUUUCCCUGUUUUCGGAGUUCUGGGUUGUUAGCUAUUUAACUCUGUUUCUAUAAGACUUAUUAAACAUUGCACAAAAAGUGUUUGUGAUUUGAGUUGGAAAUUGCCCCAUACCUCUGUGUUUGCUGUAGACUCCUCACACAUUGAUUAGUUUACCACUUUCCAUCUUUCUUGCCUAAUGAUAAAUAAUAAUUAAAAUUAUUCAGGUAUAAAUCUCCAGUUUUUAACCAUGUUGGUUGUUGUGUCAACUAGGAGGUUGAGUGCUGUUAGCUGUGGAUGAAUAAAAGCUCCAGGUUUUGCAGCUCAGAUUUUUCUUGCACCAUUAAAAAUAAAAAGCAUCAUUUUGUAUUUUCCAUUUCAAAAUACAAAGGUGAAGUACUGUCUUGUAAUGGAAACAAUAUGUGAAAACAGCAGAAAAUAACAUUUUUUCAUAGUAAUUGUACUGCCGGGUACAAUGUGUGUCAAAAUAAAUGGUAGAAAAUUCUCAUCUUAAAAAAAGGAUACCUCAAAUAUCUAAACCUUGAUGUAGUUUACAUAGGAACAGGAGUAUGCAUUCAGUCCCUCAAGCCUAUUGCUGUAUAUGUCAUUCAGUUAGACCAUGGUUGAUUUGUAUCUCAACUCCAUUUACCCACUUUGGUUCCAUAUCCAUUCAUACCUCUACCUAUCAAAAAUCCAUGAAUCUCAGUUUCAAAAUGUUCAACUGACCUAGCCUCAAAAGCCUUUUGUGGGAAAGUUGCAGAUUUCCAUCAGUGUGUGAGGGAGCCCUUCCUGCACCACCCCUGAAUGGACUAACUCUAAUUUUAAGGUUAUGUCCUUUGUUCUGGGUUCCCUUUGCAAACGUUUCUAUCUAUCAAAUCGUUUAAUUCUAAACACCUUGAUCAGAUCACCCCUUAAUCAUCCUACAUUUAAGAAAUAAAGCCUAGUCAAUGCAAUCUGCCCUCAUAAUUUAAUCCUUUCCUGAGUUGCGCUGUCCAGAAAGGAAUGUUGUACUUGAGAUUUGGUCUAACUAGAACCUUAUGUAUACACUGCAGUAUAACUUCAACCCUUUUGAUUUUCAGCCCCCUUGUGAUAAAGUAUCAUAUUCCAUUAGACAUAUAAUUUUUUUCUGUACCUGUCCACUUUAAUAUUUUUAGCAAUUCCAAGAUUUGAAUCUGGUGGUCUCAGUAUUUCCACUUUGAUAGACUUCUCUGGCUAAAGGUUGCUGGUUUGGAACUACCCAUCUGCAAGGAUAUUUUUAGUGGGCUGGACAGUUAUGAAAUAUAUUGGCCAUUUAGGUGGGUGCUAUUAAACUAUUGAGAAGUUGAGCACAUAUUAUGGAUAAGUGAUAGCUGACAUUUGUUAACUUUGUGCUGUUUGCAAGAUGUGUCUACAGAACAGAAAAUAUUAUUUAAUAGCUGUAAUCUUGAGGGUAGAAGUUAGCCUAGGCCCAUUUGUGGAUCCAGUAUGCCCCUUAAUCAAGAGGUCCAAGGAUUGAAAGGAAAUUGGCCUUCAGGCCUCAGCUGAAUAGUUGUGUGAGCUGCUGAUGCUGGUUGCACCUUCACAGGAACUCACCUGAUGGAGCGAAACAUUAUUGUACUGCCUCCUUUGCUGGCAGUAACCCUCAGGUAAGACCUGGGAGGAAAGAAGGAGCAGUCAAUGAGCUGGGUGUGACGAAGGGAUAACAACUGUGUCGUUGGGGAAAGCACUCCAGCUCAUUUUGGCUCCACAGGAAAGAUUUUAUUUAAUUUUUCUUAAACUUACUUUUAGUUGGCUGCCUGCAGAAUCCUGAGCAUGUUAUAUCCAAUACCUAACCCAUUCAUUAAGAAUUAAUUUUGAAAUGUGGUUCUUCUAAACACAUUAGGCCCUUACAUUAACAUGUUUUCAAGGGGCUAGGGCUGUCUAAAAUAAGGGAAGGACCAAUGCCUACACAAAUUGGACUUAGACUAAAUUGAUAUGUUUUGUGCCUUUUUUAUGCCAAAAGAUAGGAAUAACUUGUACCAAUUUCUACCCUUUAAUGUUUGAAAUAGAUGCAGGAUUUUUUGAUUGGAUUUUGCCAUCCUUGCAAGUAGUAUGUGUAGCACUUGCAUUACACUCACUUCCUGAUCCUUUAAAAAAAAACAUGUCUAACACUGAUAAUGAUUAGCUGUAACAACAACAACUUAUAUAGCGCCUUUAACAUGAUAAAAUGUCCCAAGGUGCUUCACAGGAGCAUUAUAAAACAAAAUAUGACGCUGGGCUACUUAACGAAAUAUCAACCCACACCUUCUGGUCUCCAGUUUGUCGAAGACCGACCUUAUGACCCAAAAUGCAUGUCAGCACCCAGUAGAAGCACCGACGUGCUGACCUACGUGAGAAUUACCCAGGAAGUUUGAAGUUCUAAUGGGCAGUUCCCCAGGGCCCUCUGUCUCUGAGUUAGAGUCAGAGACUUUGGACAUACUCAAGAAAUGUUAGGCAGGAAAAUCCUGGUCUAACUCCUUGGUAGCUACAGAACUGACCCCCUUCUGACCUACUACCUUACUCACUCACUUCACCCACCUAUCCACUGUGCGAAUUCACUCAAUUCAUCCGCUCACCCAUUCCCUAACAUUCACACUGAACGUUUAAACUUUCUUUAUGGCAGCUAGAGCCAUAAAAAGAAGGCUGGCUUGUCCCCUGUCCCCCCCAUGCGACAAUGGGACUGUGUGCUCUGCAUUCCUAAAGACGCCACCAGAAAUGCGGAGCACUGUCAGGGCAUUGGAAAGUUCGAGAGGAGUGGCAAUCCAAUGAUGAUUGCCACUUCAUGGAAGAUCCAGGCCAUUAAGUCAGAUGACCAAAACAAACCUCUUUAGUCAGAGGUCAGGUUUAAGGAGCAUCUUUAAGGAAGAAAGCAAGGUGAAGAAACAGAGUUGUAGUAAAGCUUAGAGCGCAGGCAACUGACACAUAGCCACCCACGGUGCAGCAAUUAAAAUAGGGAAUACUCAAGAGGCCAGAAUUAGUUAUUUUGGUACUCAGUUAAUAGAAUAAAUUUUAUGAAAUUGAUUUUUUUGCUCCUUUAGGGAAAAACAAAGAUUUGUUUUCCAUUUUCACACCACAAUCUUUUACCAUUGCCAGUAUGCAGUUCUAGAGCACAUUUAUAUAAUUGAAGUUACAGUAGUAUAAUUGUGCAUUUUUAAAUGUUCCAUAUGGAAAGAAAUCUGCUGAGGUGAACAGGAAUACAUAUUGUAAAGCCUGGAACUGAAAUUUAUCUCAAAAAUGUAUUCAUUUUGAAGAAUUUUGAAGCCUUGUUCGUUUGUGGAUUUGUUUUUAAAAAGUGUUGUACCCUGAAGGGUUGUUCUUGACCAAUGACCACUACCAAAGCCUGAUUAUAACUCAUUCUACCAUGUAAUUCUAUGGCCACUGUUAUGAGGUAAAUAGAACUUCAAUGACCUUUCAUACAAUACACAUUUAUUUUGGAACUUGAAAUCAUUAAUGUUUGGCUAUCAACAUAUUUUUAUAUCCUUUUAAAUAUUGACUCUAACUAUAGUAACAUUUCAGCAUCAGAAUUAAAAUAGAAAAACAAUCUUUAUUGUAUUCCAAGAAUAUAGUGAGUUGAACAUUUGGUUUUGUACACUUCUCUAGCUUCAUUUUGUAAUGUUUAGUAGAAAUGUACAGAAAAAAUUAUUUUUGCAUAUGUGUGAAUUGAAAAGGGGCUGUAUAUUUUGAAGGCUGAAUUUCUUUCCAUGUCAUGGUUAAAGUACACUGGCUUAGUGUGUUCUUUUUUGCUGUAUCGUUUGAGCAAAGGUGUGCAGUACUUGAGGCACUGAGACACCUUGUAUGUGUAAACUGACAACUUCAACCCUUAAGUUAUGGUAGAUGGUGCUUCUUUGAUACUGUCACUACGUUUUGCUAAUUUUGUUUUAAAGGAGAAGGUGGCAUGUUGUUUUCAAAGUUGAGUCCUUGCCUUUUCUGUGCUUGACUUGAAUUUACACAAAACCUUGCUUCUGCAUGUGACAAAGAAAAGGUGCACCUGAUUGAGUGUUUGAAUUGUUCAUAGUGUAAGAAAUAUUUUUCUUGUAUGUUUGAGACAGAAAAAUUUUCCAUUCCAUGGGAGGUCUUUCUGUCCGCAAGUCUUCUCACCUUCCCGCAGAAUCUUAAAAGCGAGCUCAUGCUUUACCCAUAGUGAUGGCUCUUCAGCAAAGAAGAAGCAGCUUGAUUACACUUCCAUGACACACUCUGUACUAAUAAGACUCAGCUCUACAAAAGAGUUUAGAUUUAUCUGAAGAGAAAUAUGGCACCUUCCAUAAAGAAAACAAGUAUGGAUAACUUUUAACUAAUUAUCUUCUCCUUUUAAACAACAUUACAGACUCCAUUGGGAAAAUGGGGUUAGUGAUAAGACUUUAUGGCAAUAUAUGGUAGUAGUUCUUUUGUUUGUGUAUAAUGUAAUUUCAAAUACUGCAAUUUGCAAAUGUGUUUCCCAUCAAUAGCAUUGCUCCUUUCAUACAGACAACAGUGUCACAUAUCACUUCAUUAAACACUGUUGAUGUAGAAUGUGUGCAUCUCACAGCAAUUGGUAUCUUUUACUAUAUGUAUUUAUUUGUAUUUUGGUGUUUCUGCUAUAAAAUGUUUAAAAAUACCUCAUAGUAGUCAAUGAGGGUUUAAAAGAAAGCUAGUAACAUCAAGUUACAAUUCUGUAUCCAAUUACUAACCAUUUUACUGAAUUGUACAACUUUAGUUAUCUGGUAUUAAAAUCUUUAAACCCCA